GUACAGAUCACACCGAGCCAAGCCCGUACCUGGAUCCGAUCAAGCGGAACUUAAUAGUAAAGACACUAGGGACCUCGGCAGCCAUGGAAGACGUCGUGGAGCUUGGAUUCGAAGGCGUCGAUAAAUUCGCUUGCAAAUACCACGACAGGUGUCACGACAAGGUCAGGCAGCAUGCAUCACGAGCUAGGCAGAAUUUCGGAGGAAAAGAGCAGGAUCAACAGCGUGGGGACUCGAGGAAUGAUAUGUACGCGACAGAGAGGAACCAACAGCGCGAAUAUGGGGAUGACAAGGACGCGCGAUACGACGAUGCUGAGCAGGGAUAUUACAGCGGUGCUAGAGGGAGGCAAGGCGAGUAUGACAGGCAUGGCGGGCAAGGCGCUGGAGAAGGGAAUCGUGAAGUUGGAGUAGUGGCGAAUCCCCCUCCACGCGGACAGUCUGGGCGUGAACGGCCAACGAACCAACGCAGGGGCUCCUCAUGGUCGCCUCCCCGUUCAAGCCGACAAGUUGAAGAAGGCUCACGACAACGCACUCAUUCACGGCAACGUGCCCGGUCCCGAUCUAAGACCCGAGAGCACCGUAUUGGGGCAAGCAUUGGCGGAGCCCUGAUUGGAGGUUUGCUCGGGAACCAGGCCACCAAGGGCAAGAAGUAUGACACUGUUGCCACCAUGGUUGGGGCAGUCAUGGGAGGUCUAGGAGGAAGAGAGAUGGUGGAACGAUGGGACGAGAGAAGCCAGCGCAAGGAGGAGGGAGAAGAGCGGAAGGACGAUCCAAAGCGUGGGGGUAGAGACGAUGGAAGGGAUGGUCGCAGGAACAGCAGAGCAAACAACCGACGAGACGAGCGUGGAGGAGACAGUGGGAGACAUGAGCGUGGAGGAGAAGACAGGAGAGAUGAACGUAGAGGAGGUGAGGGGAGAGCUGGGAGAGAUGAGCGUAGGGCAGAGGAUUGGAGAGUCGAGCGGAGGGCAGACGACCGCUACGAUGAACGCGAGGAGUAUGGCGGUCGACGAGGAGACCGUUACGGGGCUGGUGCACAGCAGAUGGCUUACAUGGAGCGCUAUGCGGCAGAGCGGGUGUAGAGGCGUAGCGCAGCAUGAAUGUAAUGAUGACACGACCAGGAUGAAUAAAAACGAUAGCAUGAC